AUGUCCAUUAGUACGCUGGCGGUUUCCAGCUUACUCGCGCAACUUCGUGCAUGUGCAAUUGUUGUGGGCGAAGUUUCCCUCCUCGUUCUUCUCGUAGCCGCCGCUAGCGUCCUCGGCGUCUCCGGACAGACUGAGCCGUACCUAGUCACCAAGGCCCGUCUGACCCGCUCAGCCGCCGUCAGCGCCACCAGCGACUUCAACAAAGCCAACGCGCUCGUCGCGCAGCGCGCUCAGGAGCUCAACGCCGCCGACAAAGCCCUCGCGGACGCCGCCGCUGCAUAUAACGACGCGCUACCGCUCGUGAACCGCCUCAAAAACACCCUCGCGCAGAAACUUGCUGCCAAGGACAAAACCGCCUCCGUGAUUCCCGACCUGCAGGAAAACCUCGAUGCCGCGAAGGCCGGCGUUUCUACGACCAACGGCGCGUCGGGGACGGAUUCCACCGAUCUUGCAUCCGCGGUUGCAAAUGCGCAACAGCGUGUGAACAUGACGGCGCAGCAGGUUGAAGGGCAGAAGGAAGCGCUUCUGAACGUCAACUCGGCCGUCGCGAAGGCGACUCAGGGCACCGCUAACCCUAACAUGACGGCUGCGGAGGCCGCUGUUGCUCAGGCUGCGCUCAACGACAAGACGGCGAUGGCGACGCUCGCGAAGCAGAUUCUGGACGACAUGGUCGCACAGGCGAAGAGCGCGCAGCAGGCGCUGGCGAAGCUCCAGAACGCGGCGAACGGUCCCAGCGCGACUGCGGCGCCGGUGGCGGACAAAUCGGCGGUCGACGCGGCGCAGGCGGCGCUGGACGCGGCGGUGAAGGCGGACAAUGACGCGGCGGCGGCGGUGGCGCAGGCGACGAGCGACGUGAGCGACGCGCAGGCGUCGGUUCCGGCGCGAUCUGCGGCUGUGACGAACGCGAAGAUCGCGCAGAGCAAGGCUGUGGCUGCGAAGGCGAGCGCGGAUACUGGCGCUGCGGCGAUGAAGAGCAGGAUGGACGCCGCUGUGGCUGUUGCUGAAUCUGCUGAGGCUGGUGCGAAGACUGCUGGUUACUCUUGGACGUGGUAA